UGGCUACCUCCCACCCCCAACGAAAACCCGUCGUCAUUCGUCGGAAUCAUUUUGAACUUUGAAAAUGGAUCGGUAGCUGGGAAGGAAACUUAAAGCGAAAUACGCAAAGAAAACGGCUUUUGUCCGCUAUUCAGCGAUUUUUUUUGUGUUGUAAUCAGCAGAGGAAAUUUUACGACCAACUCCACCACCACCACCACCACAGCCUCUUCCAGCAGCCACAGAAAAUCAUAGAAUACCCCGCACCACCACUACCACUGCAAACCACCUCCACUACAACUGCAACUACAAUCUACAGCAACAACACUACUGCACAGCCAAGCCCACAAAGGAAAGGUGAAACGCAAAUCAGAAAAUAAAACCAAGUCAGAUAACCGAAAAAAAAGCGGUGCGAAUAGAUAAACCCAUUUUUGCUUGCGCCUUUUUUCGCCUGUGUGAUGAGAGAAAUCAGCAGCCACCAUCGAUUACAACAACAGCAACACCAACGACGACUCAACCACCAAACUUGACCAACGAAGAGUAGAGAAGCGGAGGAGCGAGCGAGAGAGAGAGUAGAAUCAGUUUGCACAACAGCUAGAAGAAAAAAAUAAAAACAGCCGCCGCAUUUCUUGGCAAUUGGAUUAAAAAGUAGAGGAAAACAAAAAACAUCCCAUAGGCGGCCACCAUUUUGAAUGAGCUGAAAACGCAGAGAGAGAGAGCGCGAGAGAGCGAGAAAUUGCUGCACUCAUUUGUUGCACUACGCACUGCAGCUGGCCGCGGCGUAACCGUAAACCGAAAACCCUUUCCAGCUUGGAAACUCUUCCCGUCUCCCUCUAAUCGCGUCCAGGAACACCAUAGGCGACACCAACAACAACAUGGUGGAGCUGGAGGAGCAAAAGUCCGGGACAGCUGCCUCCAUGGCGAAUGCAACGCUGCAGCGCAACAAUGCCGCCAACGCCAACAACAACAACCCCCGUGGAUCUGGGGACAGCGGCAUCCGGAGCGGCAGCGGCAUUUCCUGCAGCAACACGGACAACAGCUGCAGCCAGAGUCAGUCAGACGGGCAGAAUGAGCUGACGCGCUACAGCAGCGAGGAUGUGUCGGGCAAUGAGUCGAGUGAGGCGCCCAACAUGACCGAAAUGGAGCGGCAGGCGGAGCUGAACAGGCACAAGGAGGAGAUGCAGAAGAAGAGGCGAAAGAAACGCAUUAGUUCCUCCCUUCAUUCCUCAACGUUCCAAGAGCUCUACAAGCUGACUGGCGAGAUUCUGGGCGAGGGAGCCUACGCAUCGGUGCAAACUUGCGUCAACAUCUACACCGAUCUGGAGUACGCCGUGAAGGUGAUCGAUAAGAUACCGGGACAUGCGCGUGCGCGUGUCUUUCGCGAAGUGGAGACAUUCCAUCACUGCCAGGGCCAUUUGGGCAUCUUGCAACUGAUCGAGUUCUUCGAGGAUGACGAGAAGUUCUACCUGGUGUUCGAGAAGAUCAACGGCGGUCCAUUGCUGACGCGCAUCCAGGAGCACAUUUGCUUCUCCGAGCACGAGGCAUCGCAGAUAAUCAAGGAGAUCGCCUCCGGGCUGGAUUUUCUGCACAAGAAGGGCAUCGCCCAUCGUGAUCUCAAGCCGGAGAAUAUUCUGUGCGUCAAGACGGACUCGCUCUGCCCGAUCAAGAUUUGCGACUUUGAUCUGGGUUCGGGGAUUAAGUUCACCACGGACAUCUCGUCGCCAGCAGCCACGCCCCAGCUAUUGACACCAGUUGGCAGCGCCGAGUUCAUGGCCCCGGAAGUGGUCGAUUUGUUUGUGGGUGAGGCGCACUACUACGACAAAAGGUGCGAUCUGUGGUCCCUGGGAGUCAUCGCUUACAUCCUGCUCUGCGGCUAUCCACCGUUUUCGGGCAACUGCGGCGAGGAUUGCGGCUGGAAUCGCGGUGAAAACUGUCGCACGUGCCAGGAGCUGCUUUUCGAGUCCAUUCAAGAAGGACACUUUUCCUUUCCGGAGGCCGAGUGGCACGAUGUAAGCGAUGAGGCCAAGGACCUGAUUUCCAACCUGCUGGUCAAGCAGGCCUCCGAUCGCCUCAGUGCCGAGGCAGUGUUGAAUCACACCUGGAUUCGUGCGAGCGAGCACGAGCCGCCGGCCAGCAAGCAAUCGGGUCGCCACAAGGCUCUGCAGACGCCCAGCAACAUUCGACGCAAUCACCAGUCGGCGAGGGAAAUCUCGCAGUUUGCCGAAUCGGCCAUGGCCGUCAAGCGUGUGGUCCUGCAGCAUUUCUCGAUGCGCUACGACUACAUGAAGGAGCGUCCGAACAUCUACCAGCCUUCGCAGGCCUACAUGGAUGCCUACAGCGAUGAGAACUACAAUCCCAAGCCGCCGGCUCAUUACACUCGCAAUCGCUCGCAGCGCAAUCCCGCCACCUCGAUGUGCAGCUACGGCGGACGCAUGUCCUCGAUGCACGGACCGCGGGCCAGUAGCCGUCAGUCCUCGCGGAAUGUCUCUCGCAAUGCAUCGGCAAUUUACCCAAACAGCGGGGGCUUUAAGACACUCAACGUGCACGAGGAGGAUGACGACGAUGAGGCUCUGGAGGCUUUUGGCCGCAUUGACGACGACGAUGAUGAGUGGGCUCAGCAGCAGCGCGAGUUGCAGCAGCAGCGGGAGGCGCUGGGCGAGGGUCACCACUACAGGCGGGAGAGCGGAAGCGAUGGCGACGACAUGGAGGAGGAGGAGGAGGAUGGAGAGAGCGAGGACUAUCAGCACUACAAGCAUUAUUGGCGCGAGUUGGACGAGGACGAGGGCGAUGACUAUCUGUACGAGCAACAGCAGCAACGCGUCGACGAUAUAGUCGAGGAGGAGGAGGAGGAGGAGAUCGAAGAGGAGGAGCCAGAGCAGAAGAAGGAUAAACAAGCUGACAAUCUGAAGCUAUCAAAAGCUUACCUGGAGCAAGUUGGCGAGACCAAUGUGGAGAAAUCGAAGCCACAGCAGGACAACGGUGGGUAUGAAAAGGAUGAACUUAUUAUGGAUAAUAUGGAUACGAAGGAAACAACCCAGCAAAGCGAAUUUGCUAAGCUCACCACAAUGCGCAAAGAUGCGCAGGAGGAGGAGGAGAAACAGCAGGAGAAGGAGGAUAAGAAGCAGCAGGAUGAUGUUGAUGGGGCCAAGAGGCAAGGACCAUCAAGUGAUAUUAGUGCUACUACCAUCACCGAUAAUAACAAGCAGCAAACACCAGUUAUGACUACGACACACAUUAACAACUGGCAAACUGGCGAUGCGAAUGAAGAUGAUGAUGUUAAACUAUUGGAUAGUAUUAGUGAUUUAAAUGAAAAGCUACCUGAAAUUUAUGAGACUGCAAAUAUUGUUGUCAACUCAGCGGCAGCAGCAGCAGCAGCAUCAGCAACAUGCCCACCAACCGAUAAGCCAGAGGAAAAUGAUUCGACGACGACUGCUGCUGAGGGGACAACAAUGCGAACGACUUUUGGCAAGGCGGUGGCGCAGGAGGAGGAGAAAAUGAAGCCUCCAACCCAAUCCAAGGCCGGCCGCAGUGUUUACUUUGCUCCCGAUGCAUAUCAGAACGACGAGGAUGCCGAUAUCGACGAGGACGACGACUACGACGAGGAUGAGGAGGAGGAGGAGGAUCUGCGCGAGCAACGCAAGCAGCCGCUGCCUUCCAUUGCCAAUGCCUACACCAGGAAGCAGCGACAGCAGCACCAGCGGUACAUUGUGCCGCGCUACCAGUCUGCAGAUCCAGUUCCUUCAAGGCAGCAGCAGCAGCAGCAGCAGGCGGAGAACUGGCGCUAUCGCACUCACUCCCACUCGCAGGAACAGCAGCCGGCCGCGGGCUACCGCAAGUACCGUCCGCCCUUCAGCACCGGAGGCGGAGGUGGCCACACGGGCAACCAGCAGCGCAAUUACCUGGGCAGCUUCUCGCACAGCGGCGGUGCCGCUGGCUACAAGAUUGCUCCACCGAUGCUGCCACCGAUGAUGCAGCCGCCACAGCAGCCGCCUCCGCGGCACAACAGCGCCGGAAGCAGCAGCGGUGGCUCCCCGCCAUCCGAUGAGCAGUCGACGAUCCGCAACUGGCGCCAGGAUUGCGUCUAUGCCCGCAACUGCGGAAUGAACCAGCAGCAGUCGGAGCAGCAGCAGCAGCAACAGCGACACAAGCGGGCCCAGCAGCAGCCUCGCAUUGGCAGCGGUCGCUUUGCCCAUUUGCAGGCGGCCCAGUUGAUGGAGGAGCUGCCGGACAUGCGGAUCGGCCUGUCGCCGCCCAGCGAGAGCGUUCUGCUCCAGCGGCGCCUGCGUCAGCAGCAGCGGGCCAACGAUCUGUCCGAGUACUGCGAGCCGGCCACCGCUAGUGGAUAGAUAGGUCGGUUUAUUUUUCGACAGAUAACUCUGUUUUUCACGCACAUUCUCUAGAAAUCAAUUUUCCAGUUCUAUGAUUCUUUUUUGGUGCACUUUUUUCAAGCACUCACUUACAUUUCAAGCUAAAGUGUACGAAAACAAUUUCAAUUCAAUUAAUUCCCCCCAUUGCAAACAGAGUUAACAUGCAAAAAAAAAACACAAAAAAAAAAUAAGAGUGAAGAAAACAUUGUGGUAGGAGAAAAAGCGAGAGUGGCAAUUGUCUACGCUGUUUUGAAGCAAGCCAAACAGUCGUUCGAGAUGAAAACAACAACAGAAAACAAAUACCUUUUUUUAUAAAAAAGAUUCGAAAAAUUGUAAUUUAUAUUGCAGUAUAAUUUUUUAUUGUGAAAAAUAAAAACGAAUACGAAAAGUGUUUGAUCAAGAGAUGCAUAAAAAACAUUUUAGACUUUUCUGUUCUUUUUUGGUGAAAUUGAUGAAAUCCUAAGUAAUCCUU